AUGAGCAAAGCAUCACAUAGUCCCAAUGACUUGAUUGAGUUUGAAAAUCACAAUAGAAAUUCUUCAUUUGGAAAGAAGUUAUUGUCAACUGUUCCAAAUGUUCCUGCCUUUGGUUUCGGAACUUCGACAAGAUAUUAGGCAUCACAAGUAUACAAAGAAAACAAAUUAAUGGAAAAAGGCAAACAUAGUCCAGGCCCAAUCUAUAAUCCAAUCAAAAACUUCUCUUAAUAAGCUGCCAGAGCUCCAAGUGCAAGAUUGGGCACAUCAACGAGAUAGAGCCUCAACACAAACCAUUAUGAUCAUUACAAAAGAAAAGACAUCGAUUUUGAACCUUAAAAAGCAGAUCAUCUUAGAAAAUGGUCUGCAGGAACAGUCAGAUUUGGAUAGGAACAACGAUUCUUAUAGAAAGAACUUACGAAGACUCCAGGUCCCAAUUAUGAUUUAACAGAAAGAGCUCAAGGCCCAAAAUAUACUAUGGGUAAUAGAAGAACUCAUUCUGUUUCAUUUUCAACUCCUACUACACUUGGACCUGGAAGUUACAAACCAAAAAAGGAUUUCUCAACAGAAUUGCAAGAACCACCAAAAUACUCAUUUACUAAAGCUCCAAAAAUACCACAAUAAAAGAAUAUUGAUAAAAAUUAGACUUAUUAUGUGCAAGAAAGUGUUGGAGCUCAAGUGGUAUCUAAUAAACCAAAUAAACCAGCCUUCAGUUUUGGUAAAGGAAUGAGAGAAGCUAAAUUAGCUAUGUACAAAAAUGAUUUUGUAAAGAUUGGGGUUAAUGUAAGGAUUCCACAUCCAAAAUUUUGA